AUGAAAUCCGAUUCAGUGGAGUAUUCUGAUCGGGAUUGUGUGAAUUAUGCCUGUACGCUCCCGAUGAAGGAGAAACGUGAUCCUCUCGAGGCAGUUGAUAAUUCAAUGCAGAAAAGAGCCAAGACCACAUUUGUUAAAGAAAAUUAUCCGCCUUCUGGACAACCGGAAUGUGUUGAGGCCUUUGACUUUAGCGGGACAUACACCAACGCGAUCCCCAGACGGGAUUUCGAAAUCCCGGCUAAAUCGCGGAAGAAUCACUCCAUACCGAGGUUUUGCUGCCGUAAUCAGGGCGAUCGUUGUUGCCACAGCUCCUGUCGUACCGGUUUGCAUCACACGUUGCAAAGGAAUAACCUUUCUGAUAGAGAAUAUUCUCCAGAUUAUUUCAUCUGUCGUACAUUGGAUCGAAGUCAAGAGCUGAGCGAAGCACAACUGACUCGAAUCCCGGUUUCACAUAAUCGAUCACAAGCGUCAAAUUUAUCUUCAUGUUGGGAAUCACAUAUGGAACUCGGUUUGAAGAGACAAGGCACUGUGGAGAAAGUGGCUCAGAUAAAUGUGACAGAAGCUGGAGUGUGCUGUACGCACGGAGUACGCGAAUUCACUCACUUUCCGCUAUUGUUUUAG